AUGAGACGAAUUUCAUCAAAACGUAUUUAAGUCGCCGCGAGCACACACUGUGGAAACCUGAGACCUUAGAACAGACACCAGAGACCUGGCACGGCCUGCACUUAUCUUCGACGCAGAUACCAACUAUUAAAGUUUCGAGUGUAAUCAAAGCCAAGCAACAAGCCAACAACCAUCAUGAUACCGUGCAUAACAAAGAAGUAUCAAAACGUGGUGAUUAGCACGGGCAACAUCAUUAACAACGAGCUGGGGCAGCGCAAGUCCAACGAGGAACUAUACGAUGGGCUGAAAAUAACGCUGCACAGUGACCCAAAUGUCGAUCGCGUGGUUGUGGAGAUAGACGAGCGGCAUGGACGUGUGCAGCACGCCACUCAGGAAUUGACCAACAGGCUGACGGAGAACCAACGCUGUGAGAUUAGCAUCGGCGCCAAGAUAUUCCUCAACACCAACUCAACGGUGUACAUAGAGCAGGCGGUGGAGGCGCUGCUCACCAUUCUCAAUGUGACGCACGUGGACAACGUGGUGUUGGCCUACCAUCCGAAUGCGGCUGGUGGCACCACUUUGCCCGUUGCCAACGCAACAGCUGAGUCCACAACACCGACAGCCGCACCGGCCGUCAAAUCUCCGUGCUCUGAGGCAAACCCCACACCCUCGAGCGUGGCCAGCUGGAGUCUCCGGAAUGGCGCUAGUGGCGUAACCGAUCUGAAGCAGCUCUACAGGUCUUUGGAGCAGUACGCCCUCAACCAGAAGAUUACUCAGCUGGGCAUUGCGGAUCUCGACGCCGAGGCGCUGGCGGAGCUGCACAAGACUGCCUCAGUCGCCCCCACCAUUGCCCAGGUGAAUCUGUCCACGUGCUGCCGCGUGCCCACGGAGCUGCAAGAGUUCUGCGCCGCCCACGACAUCCAGCUGAACACACACGGCGAUCCGGAGCUGCUGCUGCCAGAGGAACAGUUUUCCGCCCUGGCACCCGGCUACACAAUCGAUUGGUCGUUGCGCUACCAAGUUCAUGUCCGCUGUCGAGGCGUACUCACUGCCAAGGGCUACAUUGUGGGGGCCUCGAGGUCCCCCAACGCCAGCGCAUAGGCAUAGUCGAGAGGCAGAGGCAGUGGAAAUGGCAGAGAGAAGCUUAGCUUUAGUUAAAAUAUAUUUGUGUGUGUGUAUACCUGUAUACUGUUUAGUAGUUCUGUACUUAUUGUUUGUUAUACAAAAAAAGGAAACCCAGAUGAUCGAUUGAUUUUAUUGUAAACGAUUUCUCAAACUUCUUCUGAACAUAAAAGCGUUUCAAAAACGGCAAACCA